AAAAAAAACCGGCGCGAAUCGCGGUCGCCAAAAACAGAUGUGCCAAAUUCCACGGAGGCUUUAAAUUUUGAAUCGAAUAAAAUGUUUAAAUUAUCUGUAUGUGAAAUCUCACAAAGAGCAGGCAACGAACGGUAUUACAAUAUUGCAUUGAAAUGCAAAAACCUUUGAAUUCUUAACAAUCUUCUGCGACAAUUAUCGAAAAUUGUUUCAAGAUGAAAUAUCGUUUAGCAGUAUCUGUUUUUCAACGUUCGUGCUCGACAACGUAAUCUUUCAUUGACGAAAAUACACGAUUAAAUAUAAAUAGUUCAAGAAGUUCAUAUCGAUGAUAAUAUAAAAGACAAUACGGAGCGGCCGGCGAUCAGUACUCACGACUCUUCAAAGACAUGUAGUCUUGCUGUUUUCGUGUUAUAAAACAAUAAAAAAAAAAACAAUAUAAUAGUGCCCAAAAUGAAAUUAUUGACUUGUUUUUUGUUUGUUUUUAUAUGCAGCGUCUGCUGUAAAGUAGCGGUCAAAGAUAAAUCAACGAAAUCGCUAAACAGCUUAGAAGAUUCUAAAGUGAAAGAAUUAAAAAAUGAUGACAAUCAGGACGAGGAGACGCCCGCGACCGAUACCCCUAAGGUCGAUAAUGGCGUGGCACUGAUUCUAACGCCGUAUAUUGAAGAAGGGAGGCUGAAUGAGGCCCGUGAGGACAGCCGAGUGGACAGGUCAUUAUUCUUUGGAUACGAGAGUUACUCUGGUUACUUCACGGUGAACAAGACAUACAAUUCGAAUUCGUUUUUCUGGUACUUCCCUGUUGUGAAGAAACCAGUGAAAAAGACACCGUGGGUGAUCUGGCUGCAAGGAGGACCUGGUGCGUCGAGUCUCACGUCGUUGUUCAACGAGAUCGGACCGUACAAGGUCACUCAUAAAGGGAAUUUAUUGCCUUACCCCCACACGUGGUUGCAAAAUCACUCGCUGGUGUUCAUCGACAACCCCAUCGGGACUGGGUUCAGUUUUACUGAUAGCGAAGAUGGAUAUGUACACGAUAUGGAUACGUAUGGUCACCACCUGUACUUAACAGUGAAGCAACUGGUGACAGUGUAUCCGGAAUUGCAAACUGCACCAUUGUAUGUGGCCGGAGAGUCGUACGCUGGUAAAUACGUUCCAGCUUUGGCCAUGCAACUUCACAGGCACAAAGACGACCCGGAUUUCAAUAUAAAUCUUCAGGGCUUGAUAGUCGGCAACGCUUAUGUUGAUCCGGAAAUGAUAUCUCACAUGGCGCGACCGUUCUACUACUUCGGAAUGCUGGAGAAGGAAGAGAUAAAGGCCAUACAGCCUCUACUGACAGCGCUCUCAGAGGACAUUGCCGCUAAUCGAAGUGUUGAGGCUAAGAACAGAUUCAUGGGAUUGGUCUCGUUGCUUCUGUAUCUAUCGCAUCAGACGCAUGCGUACAAUUUCCUUGAAGACCGCGUCGUUUUAGAGAAUCACGAGAAGUUUCUCAAUAAGCCCGAAAUAAGAAAAGCAAUUCACGUCGGAGACAUAAUAUACACGUACGUGAACGUUACCGUGAAUCUUAAGAUGGCCCCGGACUUCCUUAGCAGUUCAAAAGCUCUUUACGAAGAGCUGCUGGAGAGCUAUAGGGUGUUGACAUACUGUGGAAACCUGGAUCAGAUGAUGCCGUGCGUGGUCACAUCGGAACAUUAUAGAACGUGGAAAUGGAGUUCGUCCGAUGACUUCAUUAAGGCUGUACGAAAUCCUUACAUGUUUAAAAAUAGACUGGCAGGGUACCACAAAACCGGCGGUAAUCUAACGGAGCUGAUCAUCCGCGGAGCCGGUCACAUGGCGCCCAUGGACACGCCCGACCAAACAGCGUACUUCAUAACUCAAUGGACCCACAACGAACCGUUGGACCAACCGAUCGGAACUACCAUCGAUUUGAAAUACGUAGAAGAAUAUGUUAAGAAAUUAAUAUUACCGACGUCUUGAAGUGAAUGUAUUGAAAGUUAAGUGCGAAAUAAAUAAAUAUAUUUAUUGUUA